AGCACGUUUCAAAUGUAGAUCAGGUUGUUUCGAAGUGCUAGAACAAGCCAAAUGUUACAAGUCGGGUAGCCUCGACGCGCCUUACGUGAUAAAGUAACGCGCGUGAUCAUUGUUCUGUUUGUUGGUGGGCAAGUUACAAAUGUAGAGCAAAACAGCAGUCACCACCGAUUUUGCAGCUCACAAGAUUGUAGACGUCUGGUUGUUUCUGCAGCUUCUCUAGGCAUCUGUUUGUUUGUAUAGCUUCUCUAGACGACUGGUUGUUGUCGUAAUGGGGGAAAACAUGCAUGUUACACUGUACAAAUGUAGUUGUUUCGAAGUGCUGGAACAAGCCAAAUGUUACAAGUCGGAGAGCCUCAACGCUAGGUCGGCUGGCAAUCUUCGAUUGCCUUACGUGAUGAAGUAACGGGCCUGAUCAUUGUUCUGUUUGUGGGUGGGAAACAUAUGUUACAAAUGUAGAGCAAGACAAGCUAAUCACCACCGAUUUUCCGGCUCACAAGAAUGUAAAAGUCUCAUUGUUUGUGCCGCUUCUCUAGCUAGACGUCUGGUUGUUGCCUAGAAGCAGCUACCAAACAACGAGAGGUGGAGCCUCAUGAUAUCAUCACGUUGGUCUAUUGGUCGGUUAUGACACCACUUCUCGUCUAUUGGUCGGAAUAGCUUCAUUUGCAUCUGUGCUAACCAACUAUACAUACGGUCGUACGGUCAUCGAACGACUACUAUACCCUUAGCCCGGAAAUCCAGGCCUCGAGUAACAAGCCCAAGGUGGGAACAGAAAACCCACCGGAAGCAGUGUUAGCGCUGCAUACCUUGGAGAUGGUGCCACAAAAGCUGGUAACAGCGGCACAGCUGCGGAGAUGGACAGAGCAAGAUAUAACUGUAGCAAAAGUGAGAAGCUACACGUUGUCAGGCUCGCCCAGAACGAACAGUGAGGCGACAUUAGAGCCCUAUUGGCGCCGGAGGGUGGAACUGUGUGUGCUGGGAGGAUGUGUAUUGUGGGGAUCCCAAGUCAUAAUACCACCACAGGCUAGAAAGAAGGUACUGGAGGAGUUGCACGCGUGUCACCCGGGGGCCGCUCGCAUGAAAGGAUUAGCACGAAGUUAUGUUUGGUGGCCAAAGAUGGACCAAGAAAUCGAGCAACACGUCAAGCUUUGCAUCAGAUGUCAAAGCCACGCUACUGCUCCAGCUAAGGCACCGUUACACCCGUGGGCAUGCCCUGAGAAACCCUGGACCAGACUACACUUGGACUUUGCAGGCCCAUUUAUGGGGAGGCAAUUCCUGGUAGUGGUGGAUGCUUUCACCAAGUGGCCGGAGGUGGAGGUUUUACCAUCAAUUACGGCGUUAUCCACCAUCAAAAGUCUGCAGCGCAUAUUUGCAACACAUGGGAUCCGAGAGAUGUGCGUAAGCGAUAACAGACCCGCGAUUGUAAGCAAGGAGUUCAAGCAAUUUAUGGAAGGAAACGGAAUCACCCACAUAACGUCAGCACCCUAUCAUCCAUCCACGAACGGUCAGGCAGAACGGGCCGUCGAGACAUUCAAAAGCGCAUUGAGGAAAAUGAGGAAGGAAUACAAAUCAUUGGAGAGUAAAGUGGAUCGCUUUUUAUUUCGGUACCGGCUAACACCACAUACAACCACGGGGGAACUGCCUGCAGUACUGCUGGUGGGUCGACUGCCGUGUAGCAGAUUGGACAUACUACGACCAGAUGUGGGGGAGCGGACCCGGCAGAGACAGGAACAACAACGCUAUCAACACGACCGAACCAGCAGGGAACGUAACUUGGGCAUAGGACAGCCGGUGUUCUUGAAAGAUUUUGGCGCGGGGGAGCUGUGGGUGACGGGGACGGUAGAGGAACAAACUGGGCCGAUGUCCUACACAGUACAUCUGCCCGAUGGCCGCAUAGUGAGAGAUACUUAGAUCACCUUCGAAACCGGUCAUCACAGGACGAAGCAGGGGAAGAGACUGAGACUGUAGUCGACAGGACGCAACAGCAUACAAGCUAAAGACAAGACACGGGUCAGGAAAGCAUAGACAUGCAGGAAGCGGAAGGACCGAAUGCAGUGAGUCACGUCAGAGCGGAACUGGUGGUGAGCAAAGGAAAACCCAGGAGGAGUCACCCUAAAGCCGGUGAGGAACAAUGCCGUGCCAGGACGGAGAUCCACACAGAGAUAGAGAGGGCUUCAGAAGUGUGGAGAGAUCACCCCAGUCCGGAGAUCACAUCGAGAGCGGAGAGCUCUCAAGAGACUAGACUUGCUGCGAGUAUGAACUAACGUAGAAGGGCUAAUUAGAUGUAGCUUUAGGGGGGACGGUUGUAGUACUCCCGCCCCGCUUGUGGUGUGCGGUUGCGCGUUAGUGUGCUGGCGAGAGUUGUACUAGUGGCUGGUAAUACAAUAACAGUGAAGACACAACAAUAGUUUAAUUAUUAGUGGGACAGUCAGUCCACAUUUGGC